AGGCCGGGACCUGGCAGGGGUGGUGAGCGUGUCCUGCUGCUCUUCUAGCUUUCAGUCGUGAAGUGGUAAAAAAGCGUUUCGCAGCCGUGUAGUGAGAUGUUUUCUACUUGCUUUUGUCUCUCCUAGAGCGCAGAUAUGUCGCAGCAGGCACAGCUCAUGGAGGUGGUGAAGAAGGAGGUGAGGUCGCAGCUGCUGGCUGCCAAGAAUGGCCUCACCCCGGCGCAGCUGGAGCAGGAGUACCUGGCCAUGGUCAGCAGGCCGCUGCCGCUGCGUGACCUGGGCUUCUGCUCCACCAUGGAGCUGGUGGCCAGCAUGCCAGGAGUGGUCCAGGUCUGCCCCAAUGGUAAAGGCAGGAUUCUCCUCAAAGCUGUUGUCGAUGAGACCACCAAAGAUAUUUCCGAACUGAUUUCCAGACAAAAAUCAAGUGGUAAAACACGGAGUGCUGCUAGGAAGGAAAGAGCUUUUUCCUCUCAGAAUCAGCAAGGUUUGCCUCCAAAGGGCAAGACUCCUGUCCUGCCAGCAGCAGUAAAGAGGGAGCUGCAGGAUCUCUUGAGUUCCUCACCACUUCUGCUCUUGGACUUCAACAAUGCAUACUACAAACGCUUCAAGCGGACAUUCCAGUACACGCAGUAUGGAUUUUUCUCCAUAUCUGAAGUCUUUGAAAGUGUGUCUGAUAUAAUUACGGUUAAGCAGACAAGAGGAGGUUCCUUGAUAACCCUGAAGAAGAACUCAUCGAGUGAGAUAGAGCAGGAAAAGAUGCUACAAGUACUCACGCCUGAGCUGCCUCCUUUGGAACCCACCUGUGAGACAGAGAUCUUCCAUCAGGCAGCAGAAGAGAAGUCAGAAGCAGUGAAUGCACAAGCAGUAGAUCUGAGUGAUGGCCUGAAACAACCUCAAGAUUUUGUCCAGCCUGAGCUGCUCCAAAUGAUGGUGACUCCAGAAAUCCCUCCAGAUGCUGUUCAGGACAGAAAACUUUGCAGUUUACCUCCACUGGAGAGAAGGUGCAUGGUGGGAGUAACUGUGAAUUUAAUUGUCUCUCCUAGCGAGUUCUACAUCCACGUCUGCAGCGCGGAAACAUCUGAUAAACUGUGGGAUCUGAUGAUUGAGAUGAGAUGCUGUUAUUCCAAUAAACUUGUAUCUGAUCGUUACAUCAUGCCUGAGUCUUCGGUACAGCCUGGACAGCUUUGCUGUGUGAUGUUCUUGCAAUGGUGGUACCGGGCUAUCAUCCGCCGUGUGAUCAAUGACCAAGACGUGGAGGUGUUCUACCCAGAUUAUGGGAACGUAGGCAUUGUCCAAAAGUCUUGGCUGAGAUUCCUCAAAUGGUGCUACUUGAAGCUCCCAGCUCAGGCCAUCCCGUGUUCCUUGGCAUGGGUGAAGCCCACAGAGGGUAUGUGGACCAGUGAAGCAACUCAGCAGUUCCAGGAGCUGUGUUACUCGAAGGUACUUGUGGGCAUCGUGGAUGAAUAUGUGAAUGACGUUUUGCAUCUCUUUCUGUGCGACACAUCCUCUGAGGAAGAUGUCUACAUACACUCUGUCUUGAGGGAUAAAGGAUAUGCUGACAUCUGCAAAGAGAACAUAGCUUCCCAGGGGUUCAAGGAAUUGAAUCCUUCAGCCUUGUACGUUCAGCCUGGUGCAAAGCAGGAGAGUGCUGAACUGGUGGAGCCAGACCUCUGCUUGCAGCAGGAUUCUCUAGGUGCAGAUAAUGAAGCAUCAAGCUCAAGACUGGAUGAGGAUAAACUGUGUAAUCAGAUGGGCAUUUGGCUGUGUUAUAACCGUGAUUCAACGGAAUCAACUCCAGAGCAGAACCUGUAUACAAAGGAGAAAUGGGAUGAUGUGCAGCCACUUCCAGAUAAAGUAAAUGACCUCAGAACGACAGACCAAGACCCUGAAUUUGCACAGGAGGAUACAAAUGGAACUUGCACUGACCUUAUGGCAGUGGUUAAGACACCUCAUCCUCUUGAAGAGUCCUUAAGGCCUGCUAUCUUCUUCAAGCCAUUGGAAGACUUCUUCUCCUUCCUCUAUGCCAAGCAGCCAGCAGAAACGAGCCAAGAUAACCCUAAUAAGAUAGAAGGAUUUUCCAACAAAGCCCAGACUUGUGAAGUUCUACAUCCCUCUCUUCUGCUUAUGGCAGCACCAUUUAUGCUGGAAAACCGUAACAAUGAUGAGAAAAUGAAGAACAAAGACCCUCCUGAGAAUCUUGCACUUGCCCAGAGCAGUGCUAGUGUGCUGUCUGAGCAAGAGAUGUCCUGGAAGCUCUACGUCCCUCCUACCACGUUGUCUGCAGUGUUGGCAACUGCUGCACGCUUAGCCACUUCCCAUGGCUACUUCCACUGGCUCCCACGCUCGAGAAAGAAGCUGUAAGAAGAGGUGAGAGAAGCAGAUGGAGCUGCUGCUGAGGAAGGCUCCACGAAGCAGUGAAAUAUUACCGCGCUGUUAUUCUUUUUAAUUAAAAAACGCUUAAUCCUUUGGAAAAAAACUUGUGACAUCUUCUCAGGUGUGCUCAGCGCCUGUAGCAUGUUAUUUUUAGUUGAGGAAAACACUGUUUUUUCUUGUACUGGUGUUGUACUGCUUUAUUGCUCUUUAAUGAUUCAGAAGAACAUCAGUGUCACGUUGUGUAGUGUUUUCUAACCUGAGGAGAGGAAAAGUGGAAACGCAUCCCUUGCUCGGUGUCUGUGCAGUUUUAACUUUUUGUGUGCAGGAGGUGGUUAGGUUUUCUUUUUUUUUUUUUCCUAAAUACAGCAGGUGCUCUUGCACAGUCCUUGCUGUUAGGAGAGAUGUAUGCCAGCCCAGGCCUCUGUCCCGCUCAGAGUUGCUAACCCACAGGAAGAGUCCUCCUUCCUUAAUAAAAAAACUUACUGAUUUGUGGAUGGAUUAGGCAACAAAUGUGAAACUUCAGGAAUCCCAUUUUACAGAUGUUGAACGAGGACUAUAAAGAAGACAGGGAGAGGAGAAGCUUGAUGUGUUCAGUCAUGAGUGCUACUUUUAACAGGCCUCUGUAGCCUCUCUUCUUCUUCAGUAACUUUAACAAAGAGCAAUAAUAAUAAAACUGGUAUCUAGCACAGGUGAUGUUUUGCAUACGGUGCCUGGAGACGGAGAGAUGCUGAGUCUGCCUGGCUUCCAGAAGCAUCUGCAGCUUUCCUGUUAAGUAAGAGCACCUUCAGUCCAGCAUGGCGUGCUGUCCUGUGGGAUGGGUCAUAGCAUGGCUCGGGGCUGGUGGUGUGCAAACAAAGCAUUUAUCAUAGAGGGGAAAAUAAGUUAUAGAAUCAUUACAGUUGGAAAGACCUCUGUGAUCAUCUAGUCCAACCCUCAGCCCGUGCCUGUGACUGCUCUAGGCCGUGUCAGUCAGUGCUUGAGCACCUCCAGGGACAGUGACCCCACCACCUCCCUGGGCAGCCUGUGCUGGUAUCUCACUCUGGGGCUGGUGAGGGCUUCCUUUUCUAGAAAUCAACUGAGGGCCCAGGGUGGGGCUCUCUACAGCUCAGACAUGUGAGUUUUCCCUGAGAACCACUGGUGAGAAAUGACUAUUUUCUUUGAAUUUCACCAUUCAGUUGUAUUUUUGGAUGUGGAUGAGAGUAAAACUGUAGAGAGCAAGAAAGAAAAACGGAUGGUUGUGAGGAAACAGCUGGGCGGAAAGCUAAUGAAAGGAGAUGAAAGCAGAGAAGCUGAGAGCUUACGGGGGUUAUGCUUUGUGCAGCAGCUUUGUAGCCCUACAGGGAUUGUCAGAAGUUGCCUGACUUUCUGGUCCUGUGUUAAGGCCGUGAGGCUGUAACAAAAGUGUUUGUCUUCUAGCUUGGAGAUGGAUGAAACAUUUGUGCUUGAUCAGAGUUGUGUGGGCAAUGGAGCUGGCUAGGUUUGAGCGUUUUUUGUCGUCGUUUUUCUGCUCAUUGCAACCUAAUAAAAGUUCUCAAAAGGGAAAA